AAUGGACUGUCCAGAGAAGGCGGCGUCCAUUAACACAAUAAUGAGAUGGAAUGUUGAUUUCUCCGAUACUGUGAACAUCAUGAUAUUACCCAUCUACCAGGUACAUGUAAAGAUUCAUUGAAGCGUGACCCUCACGUCUACGACAUAGGAACAUCAACAUGGACGUCCUACAUGUGCUGUGUGUGUGUUCUCUCCUAUCUAUCUGUACAGUUACAUCGACAAAUUGGGAGCAAAUGGCACGAGACAUGCUGACGGAGGAGUUAAAGGUCAAACCUAAUUUCAACUUGGCCAAAAACAUCAUUGUUUUUAUCGGUGAUGGUAUGAGCAUGCCAACUAUCACUGCAGCAAGGAUCCUGAAGGGUCAGCGAAACAAUCAGUCCGGCGAGGAGACUGUCCUGAAGUGGGAGGAGUUUCCAAAUAUGGCCCUGUCAAAGACAUACGGAAGUAACAAACAGAUCCCGGACUCUGCAGCUACUGCCACAGCCAUCUUGUGCGGUGUGAAGGCUAACUGGUACACGUUUGGGGUGAGGGACACAGUGAUAAAGAACAACUGUAGCAGCCAGAAGGGCCAGGCUGUCGAAUCUAUCCUUGAUCACUUUCAGGCUGACAACAGAGCUACGGGUGUUAUAUCUACUGCACGACUUACCCACGCUACGCCUGCCUCCUCCUACGCUCACACAGCCAACAGGGGUUGGGAGGGGGACGUCAGUAUGAAGGGUAUAGAAGGUGACUGUAAAGAUAUAGCCUACCAGUUCGUCCACGAGAACUCCAACAUCCGGGUUGCCAUGGGAGGAGGUAGAAGAUUUUUCCUUCCGAAUGAUACAAAUGACCCGGAAACCAACUCUAUCGACCCCAAACAAAGACAAGAUCAACGCAACCUGAUAGAGGAUUGGAAGAGGAUCCAAUCAGCCGAAGGACGGCGCCAUUCCUAUGUAUGGAACAAGCAACAGUUCGACGCCAUAGACCCCGCUACAACAGACUAUCUCCUGGGGUUGUUCGAGUCAAGCCACAUGCAGUACAACUAUCAGAGAGAUUCGAGUCCUAACGGUGAACCCUCUCUAGCAGAGAUGGUGUCGAAAGCCAUCGGGAUUCUGAGCCGCCAUAACCGCGGAUUCUUUCUUUUGGUCGAAGGUGCCCGAAUCGACCAUGCGCACCAUGACGGCCUCGCCAAUAUCGCACUCGACGAGACUAUUGAACUGGAGUCCGCCGUCCGUGAAGCCGUCCGCCUGACGGACGAGGCCGACACACUGAUCAUUACAACAGCAGACCACUCGCACGUUUUUACUAUGGGUGGAUACCCAAAACGAGGCAACGAUAUAUUGGGUUAUUCAGACCCUGUAGCUGACGAGGUGCCUCUGGACGGGAUUCCAUACGCCACUCUAGCAUACAGUAACGGGCCCGGAUAUAGAUGGGGCAACCGCAGUGAGUUCAACAACUCUCAGGCAGACACACGUGAUAUGCGAUUUAUGGCGGAAGCUGCUGUUCCGUUUGAGUACGAAACUCACGGUGGGGAUGACGUACCGAUCUACUCUCGUGGACCGAUGUCACACUUACUGAAUGGUGUCAAGGAGGAACAUUACAUCGCCCACUUCAUGCAGUAUGCUGCAUGUGUUGGUUUCUACAAGAACAACUGUGAUCGGGUCAUCACGGAUCAUUGCACAAGUACCGGAAGUGACGUCAAACCGUCAUCGUUGACUUUCCUUACCGCCAUAUCUAUGGCCAUUUUGGCAAUAAACUUGUACGUUGCAUUAAAUAAGAAUAUAUGACAUUUUACCACGACAAUGCCACUAUAAUAUAAAUACAUUAUUAUAUGCUGUCUUGUAA